UAUGGCUGAAAUUGAACCAGUUCAUUUGGGGUUGACUACAAAAGACGCUACAACAGCUUUUGCCUUAGUUAUUGACACUGAAUCAUCAGCGCUGUCCAACUCACAGACUGAUUUGGGUGUUGAUUUUUCUGAGAAGUUAAAUCGACCCUGGUCUGCCACCUGGUGUGGAGGGCUGUCACCCAGUCAGGAGGGGUGGGCGGAAGCAUGAUGAGCGGGAAGAGCCUGCUGCUCAAGGUGAUCCUGCUGGGGGACGGAGGAGUGGGCAAGUCCUCUUUGAUGAACCGCUAUGUCACAGACCGUUUUGACUCCCAGUCCUUUCACACCAUUGGCGUCGAGUUCCUCAACAGGGACUUGGAGGUGGAUGGGCGCCUGGUUACUCUUCAGAUCUGGGACACAGCGGGCCAGGAGCGCUUCAAAUCCCUGCGCACGCCCUUCUACCGAGGCGCUGACUGCUGCCUACUCACAUUUGCUGUGAAUGAUCUACAGAGCUUCCAGAACCUCGGCGGCUGGAAGAAAGAGUUUAUGCAUUAUUCGGAUGUUAAAGACCCUGAGCGGUUCCCUUUUGUAGUGCUUGGCAAUAAGGUAGAUAUGGAGCAAAGGGAGGUGGGCGAGGAUGAAGCACGGGCCUGGUGUGAGGAGAACGGCUGCUGUCCUUACUUUGAGACCAGUGCUAAAGAUGACACUAAUGUCACAGCUGCAUUCGAGGCAGCUGUCAGGGAAGUUCUUGCUGCUGAGGACCAGAUUGACCACACGCUAUUGAGUGGUACUAUAGAUCUCCAUGGCAACCGCAAAACAUCUCGUUCGUCUUGCUGUUGACUGGUCCUGUGUGAAUCCAUGUUUUCAUAAUCUCUCUGACAGAAACCUGCGUGGGGCAGUGUUGGAGAGCCAGUCAGAUAUUGUUUAUGGUAUAUGUACUGUAGGUACAAGGUACUGAUACAGUAUCCGCUACAGAUAAUAUGGAUAAGAUAUAGCUGCUCUGAGGAGGGCUGUGUCAUAGGUUUGGCCAGUGUAUAGAUUGUUGAAUUGUUACUUUAACUACGGUACAGGCACUCUGUAACAGGCACACACUCAUCUUGAUAUUCUGUCUGCUUUCAGUAGUGUUGCACAAAACAUUUAUACCCAGCUUCAGCGUGGUCUACCUAUGCAGGGGUUAUAUCAAAUAAUGCUCCAAAGCAUUUAUUUUAAACAAAAUAAUUGAAAUUUUAAAUAAUACAGUGAACAAACAAAUAUAGAAAUCCUCUUUUGAAGAGCACACUAGCCUAACAUUGGCACAGCUUCAUACUGUAGGUACUGUCAUUUCUUAACUGUCUGUCCAUGAGUUGAUUUUCAGAUAUGCUAGCUGUUGCGGGAGAACUGAUGUGUUUUCUGGACACACACAGACAUUAAGUCGACAGCGUUCCCUGUCCAGGCAGAUGCUGUGCAUCAGAACUCAGUAACAGUAUGACGACAAAUAUGAGUUAAAGUACGAAACGGUUAAGUGUUUUCUGCUCUAAUGUGGAAGAUGUUAAUCUUCAAUAGAAAGGGUAUUGUGAACUUAAAUUUUGCAGUUGUGUACGAACUGGGUAUAAGCAAUUGUGGUGCUCUUAUUGUAACCCUUACCACUACACUACAGUGUAGCCAGAGGUGUUCAAGUCAGGCAUUAUCAGAUCAUCUUUAUUUCCAGUAAUUUACAUGAACCUGUAAGUUUCAUUGUUUCUCAAAGUUCAGAAAUUAUACUGCUUUUUCUACUGUUGUUCAUAAACUGCUGUUUAUUUUUCUGUGAAGCACAUUUUCAUCCUUUAAUGUGUUAUCUUUAGCAAACAUGUUCUAUUGACAUUGGGCUUCAGUGUUUGAUCAGGGACUGAUUAGAGUCUGUUUUCCUGAUGUGCACAGCAGGUUAUAAUUAUUAGAAUUAACAAUCAUUUUCAUAAUUAUGGCAUGUUUGUUAUCCUGCAUCUGCCCUAUUGAUUGCGUUGCAAGCCUUAACAUUCCAGUCUCUCAGCUUUGCCUCCUCUGGAGGUCUCUGCUCUACACUAUAUUACACAUGCCUUGUCUGUUCAUUAUAGGUAUCAGCUGAAUGUGAAAUAUCCUGAGCAUAUGGAUAAUGCCGUUAGCACUAAUGCUUGCAAUAUGCAUCACCUCUCCUCUCUGUUCAAACAUAUUACUGAGAACUCUGAGGACUUUUAUGAUGUUUACCUGCUUUCAGCUGAAUGGUACUUUACUUUUAUUUCAGUUUUUACAUACAGGCUUACUAGCAAUAGGUUCAUAUGACUGGUUUACUGCUUGUGGCCACAGGGCAUUGUUCUUUACCUUGAUGGUUUGAGAAAAUAAUAUGGCUGGUGUUCAAAGCUUCAAACUGAAUUUAACAUGUUUUCAAUUCAUUCUCACCAGUAUUUUGAUUGCUGCUUCAAAAGUAUUAUAUUGUGUGUCUGCUCAAACAACCAAACCUGUUACAUAAAUAAGAUAAAUGUUUUCAUCUUCUGAAUGCACAGUUGCUAUGGGUGUCCGUGUAGCUCCAUGUUCACAUAGUUUUCUUGUGCAUUGUCUUAGCCUGAGAUCACAUUAUUUGCCUUUAAGUCAAAAAUUGCAUCAUAAGUCAGUACGUGCGAAGACUAAUGAUGAACAUUACAAGAGCUUCACUGUGAAAGUGAACCCAAUCUAAUCAGGUAUUGUCAUAUUUACCUAUAACAUGGUUCUUUGGUUUAAUGUAGGCUUUAUAAUAAAUAGCUUGUUUAUAUGAUUACUGUAAGUUUUAUAAGGUGUGUUUGAGUACUGGUACUCAGAUUGUAUGAGAGAAACUUUAUUAACUGUGAACUGAGAUGGGCAUUUUAACAUAAUCAAGCUGUUAGCCUACAUUCAUCCAAAGCAAAAAUGAGGGCUGUUAGCUUUUAAUUUGUCAGUGUUAAUGUUUUCUUUUUAAUGUAAUAUUUAAUUUUCUAUCCUGUUAAAAUGAUGUAGCUGACUACAGCGUUUACCUGUAAUCUAACAUACCUGAGAAUCUGAUAUUUAUAUCCCGGUACCAUAAUCUACAGUAUGUUUCCCUCAUGAUGUUCUCAUUGCAACCCAGUCUGUCUUUUUUUUAUGUUGCUGUAAUAUUUAUGAAUGUAAAAACUAAUUUGUUUGGGUUGUCCCUAUUAAAUGCUGAUGUAAAUUGCAAAGGGCAUUCAGUUAAUAAUAAUGUACAAGAUGAAACUGAACGUCUGUUUCGCUCUACCCAGUGCUCAACCCAUGCUUCUGGUUUAAGCUGUGUGUUUCGCUGUCAAACUUGAUUAUCUGUUGAUCUCAUGUACAUCUUCCUGUACUCCACUUUUUUGCACUACAGAGGAUAAGACUGUGCCAACGUGCUGGCAAAACGUGAAAUACUCUUCCAGUGCUUGGCUGCAAAUAAAACAUG